AUGGCAGAUAUGCUUUCCUCAAUGUACAAUGAUCCCAUCAAUCAUCUGUACCUACUAUAUUUGCUACCAAUUUUGGAUGAAGUACAAAAAGUGAAUAAACAUUUUGAAAGCAAUGACAGAGACCCCGUCAAACUUCUUAAUGAUUUGGUUGAAUUGGUUGAGUCGGUGGCAAGACGAAUUUUGAUGCCAACAGCAUCAGCCAGAGUAAAUAUUUUGACAGCUGAUAACAUCACCAGUUACCUGGAUCCAUCUCCAUACAUGGGUUUCAGUGUUGAAAGUGGAAUUACGGAAUACCAUCUUUCUUCAGAAUCAGUUCAGAAUCUACGAUAUCGUUGCAAACAAUUCACGUUAAAGCUUGUUCAGGAAAUGCGAUCAAGGUUGCCAGUAAAUUUUCAAACAUUGAGAAAAAUGAACACGUUUUCUGUACGGGAAACUUUGAAAGCAAUUAAACCAGAAAUUGUUGACGUUGUUGAAGAGUUUGGUUACAACGCAGUCAUUAUAGAGCGUUUUGUGGCGCAGUGGCGAAAUAUUAGUCACAUAGACUGGAAAAACAAAAAUUCAACGAUAGAGUUCUGGUCCGAGGUCUCUGAUUACAAAGACUGUGCCGACAACAAUCCAUUUCUGGAGUUGGCAUCUUUGGCAAUGUCAAUCCUUUGUCUUCCGCACUCCAAUGCAGAAGUAGAAGAGUGUUCAGCCAAAUGA